UGAUAAGAGGAGCUGAAGCCGGGCAGCAGCAGCCACUGCCACUGAGGAGCCGGCCCAGCUUCAGAGAGGAAACACUUCCUCCCCAUCACUUGCCUUCUCAUCUCAGCACCUGCACUGACUGUGGUGCUGGAGAAGAAAUCCACACACGGGCCCUCCUUUGAUGAUGUCCACUGAGCAAAUGCAGCCGCUGGAGCUCUCAGAAGACAGACUGGACAAGCUUGACCCUCGUUGUGGCCACUUAGAUGACCUUUCAGACCAGUUUAUUAAGGACUGUGAGCUCAAAAAGAAGCCAAGAAAAGGGAAAAAUGUACAGGUCACCCUGAAUGUUGAGUCAGACCAGAAAAAACCAAGGAGAAAAGAUACACCGGCCCUGCACAUCCCACCUUUCAUACCAGGUGUGCUUUCAGAACAUUUAAUUAAAAGAUACGAUGUCCAAGAGAGACAUCCAAAAGGCAAAAUGAGUCCAGCUCUUCAUAACACUGACCUGGAACAGAAAAAGCCACGGAGAAAAGACACACCUGCCCUGCAUGUGUCCCCCUUUGCAGCAGGUGUGACACUGCUCAGGGACGAGAGACCCAAAGGGAUCAUGGAAGAUGAUGAAAAAGAUGGUGACAAAUAGCUAUUUAAAGAUAUUUCCCCUAAGACCACCUGUAAACAGGUUAGAUUGGUUCCCUAUGGCGACCUAGAAAUAAUAGACUUGUUUCUGCUCUCAUUUUGUCAUAGUCUGCCUUUAAGAUCCAGACACGUUUUCCCCAGGAGGCAUACUAUAUCAGAUUGCCAGUCACCUCUCUGUCUUCCUCUUCUUUUUUGAAUCUGGUUUCUAUUCCCGCUUCUUGAAUUUUCAUUUUCUCAUGCAGUGGAAAGGAAGCAGAUCAUCCCAACUUGGGAGAUAACAGGGAAAGCUUUAGUGCUCAGCUUCUGGAUCAAUUCGUGGAGCAAAGAGCAUGGAUAACGUGGGGCUCCCUGUUGCCAGUUAGGGAAAUGAGAAUGUUUGGGUUCUAACUCACUGAUUGCUUUGGACAACAUGGUCUUUUAUCUCUUUUAUCCUUUCUUAAGAGUCCAAGUGUCUCUUGUGACAUACCUAAGUAAGACCCUUGUAACUGAUACCCUAAAAGCGAAUAUGUGAGCUGGGGGAGUCAACCCAACCAACCAUGCCUGGACUGAAAACACCACAGGUAGAGGGUGCUGGUCUAUCUGGGAAGCUUAGCAAUAUACCCUAUUUAUUUUUUAAAAUGUUUCUUAACUAUGUUGUCCUGAAAUUUUGUGAGUUGUGUCACAAAUGACCAUUACUAAUGAUAGGUAUAAUACCGAUGUUUGUAAUGAAUUUACUUUUUAAAAACUUAAUUAAGAUCAAUGGAAGGCCAUUCCUCUACUUUUAGCAAUCUCACUUAUUUAGACCCCAAUAUGCUUUCCUGGAUGCGAGGGAAAGAUGUGACAUUAGCUAGUGAGCAGGAGUCUGUGUAUGACCCCUGCCCCAGCCUGCCGUCUGUGAGUGCCAUGAGAAGGUUUUGCACGAGGGCCUCAUCUAUCAGGUGAUGGACAUGGGGAAAAACGGAAGCUGUCGUUCAAAGGUAUAAAGGUGGAUAUUCAAACAGAUCCUGCCUAAGUGAUAAUUUGGAAGCUCUGUAUACACCCUGACUCCAAUAGUUUGUUAAUCCCUUCUGUCUUUCUGUCCUUCUCACAAAUGUGGAAAAGAUACAGGACCCUGCUAGUAAUAAAGAUGCUUCUGGUAAUAAGACGCA